AUGUUUCAUGUGGAAAAGGCACUAAUCCAAGGAAGAGCCAUGGUAAAAAUGCCAAUGGGCAGUCUAGGAACCAAGAUCCAGCUGGGAAACAGGACUUCGUCGCUGCUAUGGAAGCGGAAAUUCUCGGCUAAAGGUCUUAUGAACCAGAGGCAGAGGACGGAAGAGAUGGUAUCGCGGGCGCAUGCAGGAGGACCUAAUUCUGUCAUGAAAUGGGCUGUUUUAACAGGUGUAACCAUCGUACUGGGCACAAUAAUUCUGAGAUCACAGUCUCCGAAUGGGUCAUCGAGGGCCGAUGAAGAGGAAGGUGACUCUGCAAAGUUGAAACGCAAACCAAGGGUUCAAAUUUUUAAUAAUGAUUGGAUCUUUUUCUGCUAUUCAACAUUGCCAUUGAAUGCCAUAUCUAGGUUAUGGGGACAGGUCAAUUCGUUGGAUCUUCCGGUAUGGAUGAGGCCAUGGGGUUUUAAGUGCUAUUCCUACUUGUUUGGUGUUAAUCUGGACGAAAUGGAAGACCCAGAUUUGAGGCACUAUUCGAACUUGUCAGAGUUUUUCUAUCGUAACAUUCAACCGAAUGCCAGACCAAUAUAUCCUGGUCAUAAUGCAAUAAUUUGUCCUAGUGAUGGUAAGGUUUUACAAAUUGGCAUAAUUGAUUCAGAUAGUGGUGAAAUUGAGCAAGUGAAGGGGCUUACUUACUCUAUCAGAGAUUUUUUGGGCACUCAUUCCCAGCCAUCAGUGUCAAGAAGUCAGUCUACUGUUGAUUUAGUACCUGAUGAGGAGAAACAUAAAGAGUUUGCCAGAGUUAACAAUUUUAGGCUUUCUGAUCCUAGCGGUAAUGAAUCAGAACAUUACAUAGAGGUUAAGAAUGAGGGUGAUAAAACAGUCGAAGAAUCAAAGCCAACUAUGUCAAAAACUGUUGGUCUACUAAAUGAACUAUCCCUCAAUCCUGAUCUAUACGGUAAGCCUUAUAAUGAACCAAAAGACACACAACUGUUUUUCGCUGUUAUAUAUUUAGCGCCUGGAGAUUAUCAUCAUUUUCACUCACCGGUCAAUUGGGUUUGUAAGAUACGUCGUCAUUUUCCAGGAGACUUAUUCUCUGUGGCUCCAUACUUUCAAAGGAAUUUCCCAAACCUAUUUGUUCUCAAUGAGCGUGUUGCACUUUUAGGUAAUUGGAAACACGGUUUUUUUAGCAUGACGCCCGUUGGUGCAACAAACGUUGGAUCCAUCAAGUUGAAUUUCGAUAAAGAGCUGAAAACAAAUGUCAAAAGAAAAAGACACAGUGAACCUCAUGCCUGUUAUGAAGCCACCUAUGGAAAUGCAAGCAGGAUUUUAGGUGGCAUGCCGCUCACCAAAGGUGAAGAACUGGGUGGUUUCAUGCUUGGUAGUACUGUGGUCUUGUGCUUCGAAGCACCAAAAAGUUUCAAGUUUAAAGUUAAAGACGGCGAUAAAGUGAAAAUGGGUCAAGAGUUGGGCACCGUCCAUUGA